AACGUUUUAUGCUUAUAAACGCAAGUCGUCUUACAAAAAAUAUUGGAUAAGAUUUUGAUCUGAUGAAAUAAAACAAUGUUGCUUAUUCGACAGCUUAUGGCAAGAAAAGCUUGGAAGCUUAAAUCCCGUGGAAAACAUUCGAACACUUUGAAGUCAGCAAGUUUGCGGCAAUUCGUCUCACAAUCUAGAACACCUGCCCAAAAGAUAGCAAGUGCACCUACACAAAAGAUAGCAAGUGCACCUACACAAAAGAUAGCAAGUGCACUUACACCAAAGAUAGCAAGUGCACCUAUUUUACCACUGAUAGUUCCUACGGCUGAUAUUUCCACCUCAGCUACAGUUCUUAUGGCCCAAGACGAGGUGACAGAAUCUCUAUCCAAAAUGGAAAUUUCCCCAAUCUACACAUCGGAUAAAAAUGGCAGCGAUGAGAAGGGUGAAGGAACCGAAGAUAGCCCGUUCAAAACGCCACUCCAAGCCAUGAGACACUGGGGGAAGACCCCAUUCCCGACCAUAUUUGUAGACAGCAAAGUAGAGGGCGAGCAGUUUAGCGUCAUAUCCCAAGCUCAGAUGAAGAAACUCACCAAAGUCUACCAACGUGAGGCUAACAAGACUGACAACAAAGCCAAGAAAGAAGCCGAAGAGGCUGCUAAAAGGGCAGCUAAUCUUGAAGAAAGUAAGAGUAUUACCAUAUCCGAGGAUCCCUCACUUCCAACUGCCACAGCUUCUAAGAUCACCAACCUUGAGCAAUACAGGGGACAACGCGUCAAAGUGUACGGAUGGGUACACAGACUACGAAGGCAAGGAAAGAACAUGGCAUUUGUCGUCCUCCGUGAUGGAACCGGAUUUUUACAGUGCAUUCUCUCUGACAACCUCUGUAAGACUUAUGAAGCCCUCCUCUUGGCUACUGAGUCAUCCGUUCAGAUUUUCGGAACAUUGAAAGAAGUUCCAGAAGGUAAGAAUGCUCCUGGAGGUCACGAACUAGCCGCUGAUUACUGGGAGAUUGUUGGGCGCUCACCCGCCGGCGGGAUUGAUAACGUGCUCAACGUGGAAUCUAACUCAGACGUCAUGUACCAGAACAGACAUCUCUGGAUUCGCGGAGAAAACAUGAGCAAGAUACUGAAAGUGAGGCACGCCACAAUCAAAGCUUUCCGAGAUCACUACUACGACAGAGACUAUGUGGAGGUGACUCCACCGACAAUGGUACAGUGUCAAGUUGAAGGCGGAUCGACCCUAUUUAAAUUCGACUAUUUUGGUGAGGAAGCCUAUUUGACCCAGUCAUCCCAACUUUACCUGGAGACUUGUAUCCCCGCCCUUGGCAAUGUGUAUUGUAUAGCACAGAGUUACCGAGCAGAGAGUUCACACACCAGAAGACAUUUAUCAGAAUUUACUCACAUUGAGGGAGAGUUACCUUUUAUAACAUUUGAACAGCUCUUGCAAGCGUUGGAAGACCUAGUCUGCGACACUGCCGAGCGGAUCAUGACCUCUAAACACAGCCAACUUGUCCUGGAUAUCAACCCCAACUUCAAGGUUCCUCAGCGUCCCUUUAAGAGAAUGGACUACCGAGAUGCUCUUCAGUAUUGCAAAGAACACGAUAUCAAAAAGGAGGACGGAACUCAUUUCGAGUUUGGUGACGACAUCCCGGAAGCCCCAGAACGAAAAAUGACGGACAUGAUUGGAGAACCGAUCCUUUUGUGUCGUUUCCCUAAAGCAAUGAAAUCAUUCUAUAUGCAGCCAGAUUUAGCGGACCCCAUAGUUACCGAGUCUGUAGAUUUACUACUGCCAAAUGUGGGGGAGAUUAUCGGGGGCAGCAUGAGGAUAUACGACGAGAAGGAGCUUGAUGCUGGCUUCAAAAGAGAAGGAAUUUCGCCCGACAACUAUUACUGGUAUGUGGACCAGAGGAAGUACGGGACAACCCCUCACGGUGGAUAUGGUCUAGGCUUGGAGAGGUACCUUAUGUGGCUGCUAAACUCCAACAACGUCCGAGAAACUUGUCUUUAUCCUAGAACCGCAGACCGGUGUAAACCUUAGUUAAUUGAUUAGUUAAUUUUAAGUGUUAGGAUUUGAUGUGGUUUUAUUAGGUCUUGGUAUAUCGAUAUCUCUCAUGGUGAUUAGUUUUAGGAAAAGUUCUUGAUUUGAUCUUAAUCUGUCCAAAGUAGAAGG